GAUUGGUGGAGCGCGGUGGGCGUUUCGCAUUCAGCUGCGAGCGCACACGUGAGCCAAGAGCAGCGCGGAGACAGACGCGACGCGACGCAUCCGAGACCCUCCUCGAUAUUCCGCUGGAAAGUUGCCCGUUCUGCCGCCGGCAUGCCGUACAUCCUCAUCAGCACACAGAUCAGACUGGAGACGGGGCCCACAAUGGUCGGUGAUGAAUAUUCAGAUCCAUCCAUCAUGAACUACCUCGGAGCCCGGAAAACAACCAUGCUGGGAAACAACUUCUCAGAGUAUCACGUGGACGAACCGCCGAGACUUGUCUUGGACAAACUGGAUAAGAUCGGGUUCAGAGUGGUCAGCAUGACAGGAGUCGGUCAGACGCUGGUCUGGUGUCUCCAUAAAGUGGCGAGUGACACGCUGUGACUCAGUGGCUCUUGUGUUGCAGGUAAACAUGGUAAAUGAGGUGAGGAAGGGUAUUCUAGUGUCAGCAGUAUGCCUAGUGAAGAGAUCUCACAAACUCUUAAUAAACAAAUGAAGUGACGGGAGAUGAAAUUACAGACUAUUAAAAUCUCAGAACAUGUACAGUAUUUGAAAUCUGUCUCAAUUAGCAAUAUCAUCAUCAAUGUGCUUUCUCUGAUUUAUGAUUUCUGGAUUUGUUUUUUUUUUUUAUAUGUCAGGAAAGGAGUUUUUGUUUUGUGAUUGUAGUAACAUAAAUGAGUUCAUUAAGGGACAUCAUAAGGAACAUUAUUGUUCUGUUAUGUUGCAUCUGUAGCAUUUCUAUAUCUCGACUUAAUGCUAUCUUGAAUAAAUGCUUUGCAAUGAAACAUCAGUUUUUAAAAUCCUGUUUUAGCUCAAAAUCAAUCACAUUCUUUGUUAUAUAGUUUUGAACAGUCUCAAGUUUGUUUACAGUGUAUGUAAACAUAUUUUGUCUGUACUGAAUCCUGACAUGUUAAUAAUGUUUCUUUAUGCUUGUGUGAGAAGCUGUACUUAAAAAUAAAGUAAAAUGAAGUAUGAUCUAUUCAAAAGGGUUUAAAAGUGCUGCGUGUUUGUGAU